AUGAAACCCGAACGAUUACAAUUCAUCAGAGUACAUGGAUAUCUUUCUUAUAAUAGAUCCGGAACUCAACCAACAACGACUAGCGAUAGUGAUUAUAUGAAAUCACCAUAUUACGUUGAAAUAGCAAUGUAUUUAUACCUAGUAUUACCACACGAAUACUCACAGAUAAUUUACAAUGAACCUAAUAAUAUGUAUCCACCUCAAUGGAUGACAAAGAAACAAAUGGACCAUCAG